AUGGCAGCGAGCGGUGCGCGCCGAUGGGGGCUCGAUCAACUAUCAGUCCGUGGCAAGGUAGCUCUUGUAACGGGCGCCUCGUCGGGAAUCGGCCACGAUCUCGCGCUGUUCCUCGUGGCACGUGGAUGCCACGUGGUCGCCGCAGCUCGGCGCGUGGGCCGCCUGGAUCAGCUGUGCGCGGAGGCGGAAGCAAUGCGCCGAGAAGCGGAAGAAUUGCGCCGAGAGGGGGAAGGGAUGCGCGGAGAGGCGGAGGGCAUGUGCGGAGAGGGGGAUGAUCCACGCAACGGGAGAAGCUCUGACUUAUCAAACCCGAUUGACGCUGGAGGGCGGGAACGGCGGGCCGUGGGAAAUGGUGACGUGACUCGAGAAUCGUCAGUCGGAGAUUCUGGACGGCCAGGAUCGCAUUUUAUUGUUGGAAACGAGAUGCCGGGGCGCAUGAGGGCUGUUGCGAUGGACGUCGCGGCGGACGAGGCGGCGGUAGAUGCGGCGGUGCAGGCGGCGUGGGACGCGUUCGGGCGGAUCGACGUGCUGGUCAACAACGCGGGGUUCCGAGCCAAUCAGAGUUCGACACGUCAUUCCACACCAACGUCCGAGGCGCUUGGCUCGUUUCCAAGGCUGUGGUUCGGCGCGUGCUGGGGCGGGCUGGCGGGGGGGGCGCGAAGAGAGGGGAGGGGGAUGGGAAAGGGGGGCAAAGGAACAGAGGAAAAGAGUGAAAGAGCUCCUGAAGGGGGUUGUAACGGAGGCACCCGCACGGUUUUGAGUGUAAUCAACAUUGCGUCUACGGCCGGUAUACCCGGGGCCAUUCUCCCCGGCGGUGCUGCUUACUCCUCCUCCAAGGCUGCUCUCAUGCGCCUCACUGUGGCCAUGGCGGUGGAGUUGGGAGAGCAUGGCAUUCGCUGCAACUGCAUCGCGCCAGGGAUAUUCCGAUCUGAAAUUACCGAGAAGCUCCUAGACAAGCCGUGGAUGGAGAGGAACGCACAGGUGGUGGUGCCACUGCAGAGGUGGGGUGCCAUACACCCUCAGGUGGGGGACAAUCCACCCUGA